CAGGCCACGGAGACGGACUGUUGGUUCAGGUCGUCGUGUGCUUCCGGAUUACCAAGCGCGAACAUUUCAAACUGCACCUUCACUCAGUGCACAAACCAGGGUUUCGGGGAAAUCGUUUAAGUGUCCACUGCAGUAGGUCGUCGUGUCAAAACAUCACAGGGACUAUCCAGUGUGAGCUGCAGCUUCCAGUGCCCGCGAUCACCAAAACAACUACCGUUUCUACUACGAAUAUCUCCGGUUAUACCAGCACACAAUUCCCAUCCACGACUCACUCGGGGUUAGCUUAUCCGGACUCCACCUGGGUGCGAUGUGACGUUGUACCUUCCACAAAUGGCGACGGCGAAUGCACCUUGCAGCCCUGUUACUCCCACGUUAGCGACAUUGGGGUGUUUGUUGGAGAGGCCACGGAGACGCGCUGCUGGUUCAGGUCGUCGUGUGCGUCCGGAUUACCAAGCGGGAACAUUUCAAACUGCACCUUCACUCAGUGCACAAAGCAGGGUUUUUGGGGAAAUCGUCUGGAUGUCCACUGCACUAGGUCGUCGUGUGCAGACUUUACAGGGACAAUUCAAUGUGAGCUACGACUGCCGAUAUCCACCACCACCAGAAGUACUACUCACAGUUUGGACUGGGAAACCCUCGCAUCAACCCAAUCGGAGUCGGUUCCGUCGCCAACAACUGCUGCCAGUGAACCUUUGAUUUACGACACUACGCAGUUGAUGUUCAAUGCGACAGUUUCCGUGGGCGACAACGCUAACAUAAAUAUGACCACACCAAUUACCACCACCAGCACACGGCCAAUCGGCAAAAAUUCUACAUUGGCGACAACAGCGUCACCGGCGACAACAACGUACCGUACACCAAUAACGAAACCCAACAUUGAGGAAGACACCAAUUCCGCAACCAUCGUUGCUAUUAGCGUGACCUUUUCGAUCAUCCUCUCUAUCAUGGCGGUGUGCUUGUUUAUAAAGUUUUGCCCAAAAAAAUUCGACCAUGUACGAGCACGUAUUAAAUCAGGAACGAGAAGACCAGACUUCUCCUCGUUGUAUAAAAAAGUUACGCGAUCAAAAGGCAACGAUUACAGCAAUCCUGGGAUACCACUACAUUACAAAAAGAAGCUGUUUUCACAUUACGAAGUUCCCCGUUGGCGGUUGACAGUGGACAAGUCACAGAUUGUCGGCAUCGGUCACUGUGGAAAAGUUUAUCGUGGUCGCUUCAUAGUUGUACAAGGCAAGAAGCAAGCGGAAAAGAGCGGCAAUAGCACCGAAUACCAGGAGGUGGCAGUAAAGGAUCUCCGCUAUAAAACCGACGAAACACUGCGCGCUGAAUUUUUUAAAGAGAUGGAGUGCGCCGUCAAGAUUGGUCGACAUCUGAACAUUGUCAAUCUCCUUGGAUUAAUACUGAAAGAUGAACUCUGCAUGAUCAUGGAAUACUGUGCACUUGGGUCACUCGAUCACUGUUUACGUGACAAUCGGAAGAAAAUGCUGGGACUCAGCAUGAACAGCGACACGGCGAUUGCAAGUAAUACAACAAAGCCAUUGCACGGUGCGCUGUUUACACUUGAUGAUCUGGUGGAUUUCUGUUUCCAAAUCUGCCGCGGAAUGGCGUACAUUUCUUCGAAAGGCAUUAUUCAUCGUGAUUUAGCGACCAGGAAUGUUUUACUCGAUAGCGAAUUGACGGCAAAGAUUUGUGAUUUCGGAAUGGCGCGCGACGAAAGCGAAUACACACUGGAAAGGUCAAACGUUCCGUUGCCGCUGAAGUGGAUGGCUCCGGAAGCGAUUUUUGACAAGCGAUUCACUGAAAAAUCCGAUGUGUGGUCUUUCGGUGUGGUCAUCUGGGAGAUUUUUACCAUGGGCGAAAAUCCUUACGCGGAGAUAUUUCGGGAGCUGGAUAUUGCCUUGCUAUUAAAAUUCCUACAGACGGGCAGUCGGCUGCCACGUCCAGAAGCUAUUGGCGAUGAAAUGUUUGGUCUGAUGAGUUCCUGUUGGGAAUGGAAAGCCGAAGCUCGUCCUGGCUUCGACAUUCUUGUUUCGAGUUUAGAACAUAUGGUUUCCGUAGACAAACGGGACUACUAUGUUGACUGCGACAUGACGAAUACCGCUGCUAACGAGGAAGUGAUUGUGAAGAGUUUAAUGGACAACGCUGAAUUCGAAGCUACUUGAAAUUCGUUUCACCGUGCAGAUAGUUUUUUUAUAGUCAGAAACGCCAGUCUUCUUUAUGAUAAAUUCCCAGCGAGCACAAAAACACAGAAAAUUGCUUUGUUGCUGUCUUGCUCCUGUAAAAAGCUGCGCUUCUUCAGUCCUGUAUUUCCAGCAAAACUAAUAUGGAUCAUUUGCGAAAUGAACAUAGAAAAUAAAAAUUAAAUCAUAAUACCACACUUUAAAUGCGUUUAUCCAUUAUUAUGCUUAGUUUUUUAUCAGCAAUCCGGAAAAAAAACGGUAUUAUGCAGGUCCCAAAACCUUGAUUUCUCUGGCUGGAAAUUGUGAGUUGGCUUAAAAACGGCGAUGUGUGCGAAGAAUAACUGGCAAAACGUUGGAGCGUACAGGUUUAGCCUAGGGACGCUGCCGGCUGUGCCAGGAGCAUGUUGUCAACAAUUUAACUGCAGCGGAUCAAACGUCAGAGGCGGAACAGCAUUCACCCAUGAAUUCUAAGCAGGACGGACCAUCCGAAAUGCAGACGGCCAACAGUGUACCGGUACAGGUUAAGAAUCCACAUAACGCCGCACACAUUCCCUGCUGUGCAGCUGCAGGUUGCUCACG